GCAAGACAAAGAAAGAAAAGAAAGGUACAGCAACUACCAAUAUCAGAAGGAUCAGGUAUUACCAGUGACACCAAUGUCCUAAAGGAAUUUUCAGAGCUCUCAUUCAUAUUCCUUCGUCUUUUCAUUUUCUCAUUCCCCUCUCUCUCUCUCUCUCUCUCCCAGCUGGAUUCUCUUUUUGCAUAGGGUGCAAAAAGUACUAUACUCUUAAUUAAUUUACCCUCUUCUUUAUAUAUAAAUAUAAAUAUAAAUAUAAAUAUAACACAAUUACACAUAUAUACAUUUAAUUUAAGAGCGAAACAAAAGAAGAAGAUAGUGAAGAUCUCUUUCUUUGUUUUGUCCAAGAGGGUUGGAAUAUUUGUUUGAAAGAAGAGAUAGAAAAUGAGUAGUAGUUGUGGAAGAGAAGGAGGAGGAGGAGCAGUGAGGCAGUAUAUAAGAUCAAAAGUCCCUCGUUUGAGAUGGACUCCUGAACUUCAUCGUUGCUUUGUUCAUGCUAUUCAAACCCUUGGAGGUCAUCAUAAGGCUACUCCUAAACUUGUUCUUCAGUUGAUGGAUAUCAAAGGACUCACUAUUUCACAUGUCAAGAGCCAUCUUCAGAUGUAUAGAAGCAUGAGAGGUGAAUUAGGAAGACAAGGUAGGACAAGCUCCCAACAUAGAAACCAAUGUCUUGAAGAGCAUGAUGAUGGAUGUGUUGAUGAAGUGAAUGAUGUUAAUGUUGAGCAUUCUUUGAGGAGAGAUUCUGAUUCUUCAUUCAUUGGUCACAGUAACAACUUCUCAAAAAGAGCUAGAAUCGAGAGGAGAAGUUCUACAACUAGUCUGCAAUGCAGCAGUGAAAGAAGAAGAAUAUGUGAUGAUGCGGUAACAAAACCGUACUGCUUUUAUGACUAUGUACAGCUCAAUGCCAAUGCCAAUACCAAUACCAAUACCAAUACCAUGGGUGAUCAGCAUGAUCUGCAGCUGCUGCAGAACAAGAAAGGAAUAAAGGAUGAACAACAGUUUUAUGCAUGGCAGAGGCAGAUUCAACCACCCAAUUCAACUUUGCUACCAGAUUUUGGCAUAAACCUCACUUCCUUCAAAUCUCUUAACCAAGAAUCUGAUUUCUCUCAGGCUAGUAAUGUAAAUGACAGAAAGAGCCCUUCAUGGUCAAUUAAUGGAGUUGUGAAAACUGACAGAGCACAUGUAGAAGGAGGACAUGAGUUGUCAUUGUCGUUAACAUUGCAAAAUCCUUCACCUCAGACAAGUAAUGCUUCUUAUUCGGCCAGUGAAAUCAGUGAGGCAAUUUCAUGUCCUAACCCCAGCUACAACUACAAGGACUGCUCUAGAAUAUCAUCUACUGUCAAUGAAAGGAUUAAUUUAGACCUAUCUUUAGCCAUUUGUGGCAAUUGAAUUUGAUGCUAUUUCACUGUAACAUCUUUUACUUUAGGCAUAAUUUCACUGUAGUUUUUUCUUUAUUCUCUUUGUUUUACAAUUUUGCUACUCACUGGGGUGCAUGCAUGCCUUUUCUUUUCAAUCAGACGUCUAAUUUUAUGGUUUUA